AAGACUUCUGACUAACGAGAAGUCAGCUGAUUUACAUAUUUGGGAGUAAUAAUUGUUGUCAAUUUACUAUUUUAGGUUUUAUUUAAAAUAUAAAAAAAAUAGAUUACAAGUGAUUUCCAGAAAAGACACAAGUGAUUAUCAAAAUGGAGCAACAACACGUUGAUACCACAAUUAAAGGUCUUAUGACCGAAGAAAAAAUUGACAAAUGUAUGGAUAUGCUUGCAGCAACAAGUAUUUUGCAACAACAGGCGGCUGAUAUUCGAGCAACACGAAUUAAUUGGCAAAGCUAUUUAACAUCAGGAAUGAUCGCACAAGAAGAUUACAAUGUAAUCGUACAAAUCGAUGGUUACAAAGAUAAAGAUGAACGUGAACGAUACUUUCAAUCGCCAGAAAAUCGUUUUAACGCAAUCAAAACAUUCAUUAAUUUAAUGGGAUCAAUUGCCAAGGAACAAACAUUGCAAUAUUUAUUGAUUCUCGUUGAUGAUAUUAUUCAAGAAGAUUCUGGUCGUGUUGAAUAUUUCCAUGAAUAUUCAGCCAAAGCAAAAUUAUCAUGUUGGGCACCAUUUUUGAAUUUCUUAAAUCGUGGUGAUGGUUUUAUACCAAAUAUGGCAUCAAGAAUACUUGCCAAAAUGGCAUGUUGGUCCAAAGUACCGUUAGAACGUGAGGAUUUACAUUACUAUUUAACAUGGUUGAAAAAUCAAUUACUUGUACAACAUGAGGCACUUGCAAACGAAAUGCAUGCAGCAGUGGAACCACACAACCCAGAACCAACGGAGCAUUACAAGGAGAUAUCAAGCAGUAUUGAUGAUCAACCUGUUGAGCGUACAGUUACGCCCUACGAAAUACCGCGUAACGAAUUCAUCCAAUCAGUUGCACGUUGCUUACAAAUGAUGUUACGUGUGGAUCAAUAUCGUUUUGCAUUUGUAUCCGUCGAUGGUAUCAGCACUUUAUUGUCAGUAUUAACUGGUCGUGUUAAUUUCCAAGUACAAUAUCAAUUAAUUUUCUGUUUAUGGGUGUUAACAUUUAAUCCAUUACUUGCUGAAAAAAUGAACAAGUUUAAUGUAAUUCCAUUAUUGGCUGACAUAUUGAGUGAUUCGGUUAAGGAGAAAGUCACACGUAUUAUUUUGGCAGUAUUCCGUAAUUUAAUUGAGAAACCAGAAGAUCCACAAGUUGCUAAGGAACAUUGUAUUGCCAUGGUCCAAAGUAAAGUAUUAAAACAAUUAUCAAUAUUCGAACAACGUCGUUUCGAUGACGAAGAUGUAAUUGACGAUAUUGAUUUCUUAAGUCAACGUUUACAACUCAGUGUACAAGAUUUAAGUUCAUUCGAUGAAUAUUCCACUGAAGUGAAAUCAGGUCGUCUAGAAUGGUCACCCGUACAUAAAUCCGCUAAAUUUUGGCGUGAAAAUGCUGGCCGUUUGAACGAACGUAAUUAUGAGCUAUUACGUAUACUAAUUCAUUUAUUAGAAGGCUCCCAGGAUCCACUUGUUUUGAGUGUGGCUUGCUUCGAUAUUGGUGAAUAUGUGCGACAUUAUGCACGUGGUAAACACGUUAUUGAACAAUUGGGCGGUAAACAAUUGGUGAUGCAAUUGUUAGCGCAUGAAGAUCCAAAUGUACGAUAUGAAGCGUUAUUGGCUGUACAAAAAUUGAUGGUACAUAAUUGGGAAUAUUUGGGAAGACAAUUAGAAAAGGAAACGGGUGGACCUCAAAGUGCAACUACAUUAAUUGCACGAGGUUAAGAUAAAAAACACGAUAUGGUGAAAGGACGCAUGCGUUUACAAAGCAACACAUUCCCACCAGCGUCUGAUCCCUUAUUUUACAACCCCCUUCUAAAGCAGUCGCUCGUUUGUAUAUUUUUAUUAAAUAAAUAAGCUUCCUGUGUUUUAUUUUGUAAUAUAUUUUAAAUUGGCAGUUUCAAGUUCAAAUAUUUAACUGCUAUUUUUGAUGGUUUCUUUUCAUUGCUUAGGUCCUGUUUUACUACCGAUCAUGGUUAUAUUCAACCUUUUGAGUUUUUACGGGAUCUGUAAUAUUGUACAUAAUAAAUAAUACCAACAUACAAUAAAAAAAUAUAUUUAGUGGAUUAUAUAGGUUAUAGUUCAAAAAUCGUUGUAGCUUUUUUGGUUGAGGUUUUGAAAAUAGAAUCUUUUAAUGAAUGUUAAUUAAAAUUAUUUCGAAAUUAA